GGAGACUGAUCACUUCAAUUUCUGAAAAUUCCAUAAUAACAAAAGAAAGAGAUGGGACCAAUUUGUUCAUCUUCAAUGACGCUUCUUGCUGUUUAAAUUUAAAGUAAUGGUUACGUGAGGGUGAAAUGUUCAAGAAGAGGAGUAUAUUGCCUGAAAAUUCUUGAAGCUUGUCAUUCUUUUCUCUGUCUGAAACUGCAUGAAGAAGACUUGUGAAGUGACUGCCAGACAACAGACCAUUGGAAUCUCAACUUGUUCAGCUUGAACUUCGGGUCUAGAUAGAUUGAAUCAAUGAACAAUGGAUAAAUUGGUUGCAUUGUCUGGUGUGCUGUUUUUAGCAGCAGAUAUUUUUGCUAUUGGCAGUCUAGCUAACCCAGACUGGAUAAAUACCAAUGUAGCAGGUCAUAUGAGAUUAGGAUUAACAAGUCAGUGCCAGAUAAUCCAUGGUCGUACUGAAAUCUGUGUAUUUCCUACGCUAUCCAAAGAAUGGAUGUUUACCUUUAUAUGUAUAUUAACUGGUAUUCUGUGUAUAACCUUAACCUGUCUACUUUUAUUUGCUUCUCAUUGGAAAAGAGAGGCUACUAAAUAUGCACGAUGGAUUGCAUUUGUUGGGAUGACAUUGUUCUGCAUGGCUGCUAUAGUGUUUCCUAUAGGAUUUGAUAUUGAUGAAAUCGGUGGCCGACCAUACAAACUACCAAACCACACACAAGUAGGCUCAUCCUACGUACUUUUUAUACUUGCCAUUUUUUUUACAAUUUUAUCUGAAUUAUUUACUGGAAAAGUGUGUCUACCUGUUAUAUCGAUGUAGGAUUUAAUCUCAACCAACCAUUUAUAUUUGUGAAGUGUUAUUGGAGUUGGUAAUCUUUCUAGCCACGAAAAGCUUGGUACUGUGGGGAUGUGUUAACCAUGAAUCCUUCU